CACCCUUCCUCUGAGCUGUAAGACAGGUAAGUUUUAUAUUGCAUAUCGAGUAAAAAGGAUGCCAUGUUGAUGAUACUUUAAUAUCUGUUUGUAUUUUUACUUAUUUAGUUUGAUUUCAAUUAAAUAGACACUUUUAAAAAUGAGGUAACCUGCAACCUAAAAAGGGAUAUCAUGUAUAUAUGAGAAAGAUGUCUCCACUAGCUGUACCAAGUUCUCUUUCCUGCUAUUACUUGCAUGCAUUUUAUUAUUCAUAAGUGGUUUUUUUUACUUUUGUCUUUUUAACCCUACCAGAAUGAAUCAGAGUGUUUGGAGCAAAGCCAUGUAUUCCUCCAGCAACAUCUGCCUGGAUGGCUGUGCUGCAGAGCAUCUCUCCUCUUUUCAGCCUGACCUCAUGCCAUCAAACUCAGAUUCGUCAGGCGUUUCAUUGACCUUACACAGAGAAGGUGAGAACAUGAAAACACUACCAGAUAGUGCUUAUUAUAGCAGUGCAGAUGCUGGUUUGAUGUAUUCCAGUCAACUGGAUCUUACUUCAUCCAGAGGCAGCACCAGUGGAUCUUUAUUCAUGGGAAGACACCCGUCUCCCGCACCCACUUCUUAUGGUCACCAUGACUGGAACCUGAACAGAGGCCAUCAAGCAAAGCGUGCGAGAGUAGAAAAUAUAAUCAAAGGUAUGACCAGCCCUCCUCAUAUGUACGACACAGAAAUGAAAACAAAGGAGCGUAAAGAGACUGACUGCAUGCACAAUGACGAAAAGAACCAAGAAGCACCUUACCUUCAGAAACGCAUGGAAAGCACGGCUCAAAGCCAGGUAACAAGAAAGCAGCUGGAGAGCCAGCAUCAGCACCCCAGGCAGCUCAGAACAAAGGUUACUCACCUGGAUGGAGUGAGUGAAGCCCAUGAUUCCAUCAAAACAUCUGGUGAUGCGUUUACAGAUUUGUACAGUGAGUUUGAGAGCAGUUCGAGUCUAAAAUAUCAAGGAUGGAAGAAGGUUAAAUUGAUGAACUACUUCCAAUCCAAACCAGCCAGAAUAAGGCUAAUGGCAGAUGUUCUAAAGUACGAGUUGUCCAGAGUUGUCAGCAAGAGCGUUGACUCCAUUUUCAAAAGUGUGCCGCUUUUACAGACAUCGCCAUAUGAAGUGGAAAACGUAGAGACUGAUACGCCUCUUCAGCCAUCGGUGAGCAGUGAUGAUGAUAAGUUGAGACUUCCAUGUUGUGGGACUCCAGAGGUGCAAACCCCAGAUGUUCAAACAGAAGCUCUGUCUCUGGUUGUGCAAAAACACGAACUGGAAAGAUCCAGGUUACCAGCUCACCACCGUCCAAAAUCUCCAAAUUUCCUCAUCAUUGACUCUGCCCUGCAGGAAUCUCAAGCAUCAGAGAAGAAUCACCGUGCUCUCAAGAGCCUACAGGACAGUUACUCAGAAGAAGGCUGGAAGUCAGUUAAAGUGAGAUCAAAGGUCAAUUCCAGAUCUGUGAGAAGCCCACAGACUCACGCUGUGUCUGCAGAUCCGGUGAUUUUGGAAAGCACUGGUCUCCCUCAUGUGAAGAUAGAGUCUGAUAGCCUGGUGAAAAGCAACCUGUACAUGCUGAAUGAGGGUCUGACCACAAACCAUCUGAAGAAAGCAAAGCUUAUGUUUUUCUACACUCGCUACCCGAGUUCACUUGUGCUGAAGAUGUGUUUCCAUGAUGUACAGUUCACGCGCUCCAUCACCUCUCAGCUCAUCAAGUGGUUCAGUAACUUCAGGGAGUUUUACUACAUCCAGAUGGAGAAGUUUGCUCGACACGCUCUCAUCGAAGGAGUGGCAGACGUAAGGGGUCUGACUGUGGGGAGAGAAUCAGAACUUUUCAGGGCUCUCAACAGGCACUACAACAAAGCCAGCGACUUCCAGGUGCCCGACAGAUUCCUGGAAGUUGCUGAGAUUACACUGAGAGAGUUUUACGUUGCCAUUUCAAUGGGCAAAGAUCGUGAUCCAUCCUGGAAGAAGGCAAUCUACAAGGUGAUCUGUAAACUGGACACUGAUGUACCAGCUGAAUUCAAAAGUCAUCACUCUGUAUAAGAACCAGGAGACGACAUGAUCAUGUGCCACAGUGACCGGUCACAAUGUGGACUUACUCAUUUCUUCAUGGGGGAAAAAAAAUACUUUUUUAAAAUUAUUAUUAUUAAAUUAAAAACAAAGAUUGGCCAUCUGAAAAGUAAUGUAGAUUCUGCCAUACUGAUGGCAGUGGGGUGUAUAUAUAUAUCUACUUUCAAUCGUUUUUGUUUCAUCAUUGGCUGGAUAGAUGCAUGUAUUUUGCUAUAUUAUAUAGCAACAAUACAUAUUUUACAUGAUUAAAAAUAUUAUAUUGUUGACACGA